AUGCGAGAGCCUCUGCGACAGCCUGCCGCAUCGCCGGCCCCCUCAACCCUCAGUAUGACGGGCGAUUUCGCUCCUCCAGUCAAGCGGAUCACGAAAACUCUGGAUACGGGCAUCAAGUUAGGAAAAAGGGUUUCUAAAUCGGCCAUUUCGGCUUCCGCAGCCAAUGCACUGCAGAUAUCCCUGUCGGCGCGGGAUCUACAAAGGUCGUUGGAGCGGGACCUACAGCUUAUCAGCAAUGCAUACAAACAGUGUGUUGGAUCAUAUGGGGAGCCCUUCACCAGAACUUUAGUUGAGAAUGAACAGAUCCAGAGUCGGCUCAAAGAGCUCAGCAUUGGUCUUAAUGACCAAAUCAACGAAUGUCUAGAUUUCGAGGACAGGCCCGAUUCCUUUGACCAGACAGCCUUCACCAGCCUGCAAAGAGAGUCUCAGAGGUGUGAGGCUGAGUGCACAGCUAUAUUCAAUGAAAUCCAAGAUCAACUUCUACACAGCACUCUGCAGGAUUUCAGGAUCAAGGAGAAGUCGAGGGGCGACGGUGCGCAAUUGCGCAUUAUGAGGCAGACAAACUUCAGCUGGAAACCACCUCCACCACCGCCAAACCGCCCACCACCACCUAGUCCAGUCUCACCUCUACAAAAACACACGCCAAGGUUUCCACAGAACUCGCCUUCUCUGCCUUCUCUGCCUGCGAAGCCCAUGAGCCCAUGGCAUAUCAACAGCCCUGCCCAAUUCGAUAUUGGUUCGCCCGUUAGUGUAAUGAGUUCAUCGCUCGGCACCUCUCCAGGGCAUCUUUCUCACAGAGUUUCACCAUCUUUGAGUCUGGACGAGCAGACACCUCAGUUCAUCCCGGCGGAGCAUGUCAGUCAUCGUCUUUCUGCAAACGAAGAAUUCCUUGAAAGGAGAAGACGAUCGCGUAUGAUGUUCCAGGAAGAGCUCCGGCGAUCAGGAGCCUCGAUCGAGGAGUACCGGACUAGAGAGGCAUCUAGUGAUAGAGAGAGGUUGUCCCCUUCACCAAACUCACCCCCUUCUCGGACUUUGCUUGCGCGUGCUAGUUCUCCGACCUUAGGAGGAGAUGUGAAUAUUGGUUUCGUCGGUUCCCCAACAUUAGAACACUUUACACUGUCAACAAGUCCAGAACUCGUAUCAAAGGUGACCGGCAAUGGACAAGAAAGCACAAUGUCCAGGCAGCGAAAUCAUGGAGCGAGGAACUCAGAUUCGAGCUCCAUAACCCAGUCCCAAUUUCAUAGGCCAGACAGUCAGGCGAGCCAGGACUCGAUCUUUGGGCUCCGUGCUGCUGCUGCGCCAUUGAGCCCUCCGUUGAGUGAGCAUGGCUUGACUGAUACCGACAAUUUCCCGGAAACAUUAGCAACAACACUCCGAACCCCAGACUUUGGUAAAGGAAUUGAACAGGGACUCGAAGCUGUUAACGGUAUUGAUCAUGGUAACGGACUGAUUCCGGUAAAAGAGAAUGGGAAUACCCAACCGACACCCACGGCAUCGGUGGCAUCGGUGGAAUACCCGAUGCGGCAUGACAGCUCUUUUUACAAGUUCGGUGGAUUCUGUGAGGGUGCUAAGGCAGUAAUGAGAGGUGAACCUGGGUUUACGAUCGUUAAGAAACCGGCCGGACAAUUUAGCUCAACUAAAUCAGCAAGAUGCAAGAGUUGCUCAUAUGAAAUUGGGUGGAAGGAGUUCGAGAAGGAUAGAAAUCUUGAUCGAGACGGCAUAUACGGUAAUUCCUCUAUCAGAUUUCGUCAACGCUUCGUCACGAAAUCCCACCUUCGAACAGAAUCACUUGACCAACCACUUUAUGCCUGCGUCUUCUGCGUCAAAGAACACAAGACCGUCGAAGAACACGACGCCACCGUCUUUUUCUCUGUACCCCAGCUUUUCCGGCAUCUUGCCAGACAUUCCCAGCCUCUGCCGACCAUCGAAGGCAUUAAUGCGCUCUAUGGACCCCAGACUCUUGAACUCCUGGAUUUUGACCUCCAUUUCACCAGACCUGACGUGAUUCCUUCGCAAUACAAUAUCACAGAAAUAGCCUCAAAAGUAGCAACCCGACCCGCGGCCCUUGCGAGUAUCACCCACCAUCCCAAACUCACAAGCAGCACAUUUCAUGAUCCCGACGGAAACCCCACCCUGCAUUUUGCAGCCGGUGCCCGAAUUGUAGGGAUCACCUUUCCCAAAGCCUUCAACGGGACCUGGUGCACGGGAUACCAUGAUGGCAAACGGGGCAGCUUUCCCGCCUCUGCGAUUACACUUGAACGACCAGUCCAUGAAGACUUACGCAUGAAUGCCCAAAGCAGCUUAAUCGCGUUCGCAAAAUGGGAUUUCAAGCCCAAACAAGCGAAGGAGGGAGAAUGGUUAUCAUUCAAGAAAGGGGAAUGCAUCUCGGCUAUUGGCUACUCGUAUCCGGAUCACUGGUGCUGGUCGGGGCAGAUCCUGGAUAGUAAGGGGAAGUCUCGAUGGGGCAUUUUCCCUGCGGCGUUUGUGGAGGGUUUGAGAGAAGCAAGUAGCAUACCGCUUCCGGCAAGUUCACCGGGGGGGUUGAGGAGUGGGUUCGGUGCAUUUGGGAGAAGGAAAAGCUCGAAACAGGCGAUAAUGAGGGGUCUGGAAAACGCAGGGGAUAGUGUGUCGGUGAUGAGCCAGCCGGGGUUGGAGGCUGUGCCCCAGUAUAAGAGUGGCUGGAGCAGUUGGAGUCGUUAA